AUGGAAAGUCCUGGGGAGCUGCUGGGUUCUUCUUUUGUGGUUUUGCUGCAGCGGCCUUUGCUGCUGCAGGAGGCCCUUGCCACGCGGGCCCUGCUGCUGCUGCUGCUACGGGACGGAAGCCUGCAGGGGCUGCUGAGGCAGCUGAAGCGCCUGAUGCUGUUCGGCUCGACACACGUCGUGCAGGAGUUCCGGGUGCUGCUGCUGCAGCGGCUGCAGCAGCAUGCAGCAGAGCAGCAGCAGCAGACUUGUGGGAGCCGCAUUGUGAAUUUGCCGUCAGACAGUGCAGCAGCAGAAGCAGAUCUCCCUGCUGCUGCUCCUGCUGCUGCUGCUGCUGCUGCUGCUCAGGGAUCCCUCUGCAGCGACGUGGAGCAGCUGCUGCAGGGGGCUCUGGGAGCGCUGCCAAGCAGCAGCACAGCAGCCCAGCAGCAGCAGCAGCAAAAGCAGCAGGUUUUGCAUUUCACUUGCAGCAUGCAGUCAAGCGUAGCAGCCGUGACACAACCAGCAGCAGCAGCAGCAACAGCAGCAGCAGCAGCAGCAGCAGAGGCAGCAGUGCUGCUGAGCGGUCUUCGUAUACUGCCUGAAGCCGCUCCGCCUCUGCAGCUAUUUCUGACCCCGCCUGUGCAAGAAAGAUACUCCUCCAUUUUUGUUUUUCUUCUUCGUCUCGACGCGGCCCUGGCAGCGCUGGCCGACUGCUGGGUGCUGCGUCGACAGCAGCAGCAGCAGCAGCAGCAGCAGCAGCAGCAAUUUGCUGCUAGAGCAGCCCAGCUGCAGCAAAGGCUGCAGCACUUUCUGCGGGCCGUUUUCGAUUUUGCACUCACUGACGCCAUCGAAGCAGAAUGGACAGGCUUUCAGGGACACGUAGCAGCAGCAGCAGCAGCAGCAGCAGCAGGGGAAACCGGAGCAGCAGCAGCAGCAGCAGCAAGAAAAAAUAGCCUGAGCUUCUUUGCGCUCGUUGAGGCCCACGCCCGUUGUGCAGAAAAUGUUUACACCAGGUCG